AUGCUCUCUCUUUUCUCUCUUUUUCCUCUAGGUCCUCACCAUCACUGGCUGAAGGACUUUGUUUUGAUGAUUUCAAUCAUCAUUGGUGUGGGAGGCUGCUGGUUUGCAUACAUACAGAACAAAUCAUCCAGAAUUCACAUCUCCCGGAUGAUGAAAGAUCUGGAGAGUCUACAGAAUGCUGAACAGAGCCUGAUAGAGCUACAGAGCCGGCUGGAAAAAGCUCAGGAGGAGAACCGGACGGUGGCAGUGGAGAAGCAGAACCUGGAGCAGAAGAUGCGUGACGAGAUCAACGGAGCAAAGAGAGAAGCCAGCAGACUGCGAGAGCUGCGAGAGGGGGCUGAAUGUGAACUCAGCAGACUCAAGUACGCAGAGGAGGAACUAGUGCAGGUGCGAAUGGCACUGAAGAGAGCAGAGAAAGAGAUGCAGUCAGAUUGGUCGGUGCCAGAAGCCCUGCAGAUGUGGCUUCAGCUCACACAUGAGGUGGAACUGCAGUACUACAACAUUAAAAAACAGAAUGCCGAGCUGCAGCUCACGGUCGCAAAGGACGAGGCAGAAAAGAUCAAGAAGAAGAGGAACUCUGUGUUUGGUACCCUCCAUGUUGCACACAGCUCAUCGCUGGAUGAAGUAGACCACAAAAUACUUGAGGCUAAAAAAGCUCUAUCAGAGGUCACAGCCUGUUUGCGUGAACGUCUUCACCGCUGGCAGCAAAUAGAGAAGUUAUGUGGCUUUCCAGUGGUUCAUAACUCUGGGCUGCCCAGCCUCACCGCCUCCCUGUACGCCGACCACAGCUGGGUGGUCAUGCCGCGGAUGUCAGUGCCACCCUACCCAAUCGCUGGCGGGGUGGACGAUCUCGAUGAGGACACACCACCAAUCAUUCCACAGUUCACCUCUCCUUUGAUUCGACCUCCUCUGACCCGCAACAGCAGUGUUUGUCGUUCCCGCAGAAGUCUUCUGUCUCAGCCCUCGUCCCUUUCUCCUGACCCUGACCUGUUGUCUAUGGCCUCGGCCCCACUGGCCUACAGACCCGAGGGAGACGAUGAUCACAUCUUCUUCACUGUCGAAAGGAAAGGGGAUCUUCAAGACACAUGCUCAGAUUCAGAUUCUCUCAGUUCCUCUUUGGGCAGGAAGCAGUUCUCCGGUCCCUCUUUUCAAAGUACAUGUGCUACAGGCAUGGAGACCCCACCUCGUAAAAUCUCUCGUGAGGAACUUCUUCUCCUGGCGCAGGAGGCCCAGGCUAUCGCCAUGGAGACCUUACCUUCUUCCACAUCCUCCCCUUCAUCUCCUCUUGACUCCUCCUCCAUUCACAAGGGCUCUCCUGACCUUACCCGCUCUUCUGUCCUCCCUGAAUCUCAAAGUUUAACCUUUCAUCCUGGCACCAAAGCUGUGGCCUAUAAUGGCAUUCUGGAAAAGUCAUACAGCAUGGGGCAGCUGCCCGCUAGUGGGACGCCUCCAGAGGGACAUUACCCCUCCAUUAGCUCCCUCGACAUAGAAAGCAAAUCUAUCAAGGAGCCCAAGCAACUCCAACCCACCUCCUCCCAGGACUUUUGCGACAACGGAGAGAAAAAACGCUCCAAGAUCAAGAGCUUGUUCAAGAAAAGCAAAAAGCUGUGAGGAACAGUAGAGAAGAAGAAAAUAUGGCGAGAAAAGAAGCCUUAAAAUAAAAUAAAUGAGGGUCAACCAGAAGCCAAAACAUUUUUCAGUUUCAUUGUCAUUUUUUAUUUUUAUUAUUAUUUUUUUUAUUUAAAUGGAAUGUAGCUUCAUCUGGGUACAGUUGUAGGUUGGAAGCCUUUUAUGGUGAUUUUAUUAGCCUCACACGUAUGCCUUUGAAGGCCAAAAAAUGUCAUGUUAGCAUUUUGCAGAACAUGGCCUCUUCACUGUCUUCUGUUAAGUCUCCAUUUUCUAUAAUGUGCACCCUAAUGAUGUCACCAGAAAUGGUUCAGGAAAACAGAAUAAAACAGAAACGGAAUAAAAAGAACAGUCCAAUAUUAGCCAAAUCUCCAAACUGUGUAAAAAAAAAAAAACUUUCCUGGAAAUAUGUCUUAAAGGGAGGGUUCAACCACCAGUGAAAAUUCUGUCAUUUACUUUCCCUCAUGCCACUCCUAUUCUGUAUGCAGUAGUUUUUUAUUUAUAAAAAUUUUUUUAAUGGGGCACAACAUAAUUUUUUGAGGAAAUGUUACACAGUUCUUGCAAUACAACCAAGGUUCAUAGUGACCAAGGGCUGUUAAUCUCAGAAAAACACCAAAAAGCAACGUAACAUAUCAAAAUAUAGCGACUUGCACCUGCCUCUUUUAUUAACUCUGGAUCGCUGGAACUGGAUCGCUUUAUGAGCCGAUCCCAAAAAUGCUUGAUACCAAAUGCGCAAGACGGCAAAACUUUGCUAUGGUUACCAUGGUGUCAUGGAUUUGAGAGUGAGUUCUGUUCCAUACACACACAAAACUGUAAUUUAGGGGAUGCACUCCCUAUUUAAAUGCGGUUGUCACUCCUGAAACUUUACAGUGUGUAUGUGGCCAUUGGCAUAAUCAAACCAUAAGGCAUCAUAUUUUGUCAUUAUAUAAAGACUCGCUGACCAAAUGAAUAAAAAAAAAGCCCUAAGAAAGCAAGUCCGCUUAUCUUGUAGAUUACUGUAAUUAUACUGUAACUAAGUUGUUUUCAUCAUGGCAGGCUUGACCGAAGUUGCAUUUUAAUUUAGCAUGUAAAUUAAAAAAGUUCAGUUCUUUAAAAUAUGUGUCUUAAAUGCAUUUUAAGAUCCUGUAUUAUGUUCCUUUUGGCUUCUCCCAACACAGAUGUUUAAAUUAUGUUUUAAACAGUUGAGUGUACAUGUCAAACAUUGAUUAUCGUUUUCACAAUUGAUCAUUUCCAAGUACUCGUGCCCAUCCCUAAGUCAUGAUUUGUGUGAGAAACAGGUUGAAAUGUAAGUCAUUAUUCACUGAUUGUCUUGCCCUUCUUCAAACCUCAAGUCUACCUUGAGUCACAAUUAUUCCAUGCAUAUGAUUUUUUAAAUCAAAAUAUCAACAUUUAUCAAAAAUCUUUUCCUGGUUAUUGGGCGAUACUAGCAAUUUAAUUCCAUACUGAAAUUGGUUUAAUAUAUAUGUAGGCCAAUAUGUUUGACGUUCAAAUCUACAUCAAAUCAACGUCAUCUCGAGUUUUUGACAUCAGUUUGAUUUGCAUAUUUGACCUGUGUUUUUGAUGUCAAUUUGAUGUCUUGUCAACAUCAAUUGCCCAAUGCACAUUCAAAUCUGAACACUGAAUUAAGUGUUCCCACAUCUCAAAAUACAGUCAGCAAUCGAUGGAUAGAAUAAUUUCUUUACACUCAGAUGUACACAUCACAGUUUUGAAGAAAAAAAAACUAUCUUUCCAUUUCAUUUCAGCUGUAAAAAUGGCACGCUGUUUUUUUUGUUACUACACAGUCGAGAUCCAAUGCCGUUUUGACAACAAUGACAGAUCUGCAUCUGGACUCAGGCUUAACCAUAGCUUAGUUGGAAGUAAACAUUAUUAGUGAGGAAAUUUACAUUUCAGUCUGAUUGCCACAAAAAAACUGUCAUAUGGCUUCAGAAGACUUGGAAUCUAAUGCACGUAAAGUCAUUUGGAUGGCUUUUAUGGUCCUUUUUAAGUUUUUUUUUUUUUUUUUUUUUGGUGCUUAACAGUCCAUGGUCACCAUGAACUGUGGAUGUAUGGCAAAACCUAUAUAAUGAUUCUUUAAAAAAAAGGCUACUUUGGUGAUCCACAGAAAAACUAUUAACAUUUAGGUUUGGAAUGACCUGAGGGUGAGUAAACAAUGACAUUUUUUUUAUCUCCACAUUUGAAAUCAUAAGAGUUUGAAUGACCGCUGGUUGUUGUUUGAUAUAUCUCAGCCUUUGACAUCAUCACAAGCUUAGUUUUUAAUAUUUAGUUUCCCUGUAGUAUGAAAAUCAUAAGAAAUCCUUUCCCUUCAACUUAAGGGCCCAGGGUGAAAACUGGGCUUUCAGUUUUGUCACUUCUGUUUACUGCCACAGAGCUCCUGUACUUGAAAAUAUUUUUUAAGACAAAAAGGGAAAGAAAAAACAAAAAGAGUAACACUUGACAUAAAACAGCAUGUCAGAACGCCUACAUAAGUGAAAUAAUGAACACAAUGUAAUGGUUCAGUAAAUUAAUUAAAGAUUACUCUUUUCAGUCUUAAAAUGUGCAAAAUACUACCUUACGCACUAUAUUUAAAUUAUCAUUACACGUUUUAUUUUUGAUUUAAAACACCAUUUUACAGUACUAGAAUUAUACCAGCAUAUUGUUUUGGCACAUUUGUUAAAAAAAGGUAAAGAAAAAAAA